AUGUCAUCAUCCGAUACAAGCGCUAGAAUUGGAGAAGCCUCAACCGUCCCCCUCUCGGCUUCGGCCAACGUGGAUAUCAACCACACUACCACAAUGCACUCAAGACCUGUUUCAUCGGCUGAUGAGCCCAAGAAUAUAGAAGACGAACGUUGGACCAAGACUUUAGAACAUGCCAUCAAGUCAUUGGUCUCCAUCAAGUUCAUUGUCUGUCGCAAGUUUGAUACGUGGAAUGUUGGAUCAUUCAAUGCUACGGGCUUUAUCGUUGACAUUGAAAACGGAAUCAUUCUCACAAACAAGCAUGUUAUUACUGAUGCUCCUUGGAUUGGACGUAUCUGCUUCAAGAACAGUGAGGAAGUGCCAUGUCAUCCUAUUUAUCGUGAUCCAAUUCAUGACUUUGGAUUCAUUAAAUUUGACAAGUCUAAAGUCAAAUUCAUGGAGUUAACUCAAGUCCCAUUGGUACCCGAGUCAGCCAAGAUCGGAUUGGCUGUAAAGGUUCCUGGAUCUGACGCUGGAGAGAAGCUUGCUGUCUUGUCUGGUAUCAUUGCUAGGCUAGACAGAUCACCUCCCGAUUACGGCAUCGGGACCUACUGUGACUUCAAUACUUUCUACAUUCAAGCAUCAGCAAACACUUCUGGUGGUUCAUCUGGAUCUCCCGUGAUUGAUAUUCACGGAAACGCUGUAGCCUUGAACGCCGGCGGCUCGGUUAAAGCUGCAUCUUCCUUCUUCUUGCCUCUACCUCGUAUCAAGGUAGCAUUGGACUUGAUCAAACAAGGCAAAUUUGUUCCUCGAGGAACACUACAAGUAGAAUUUGCUCAAAAGCAGUAUGACGAAGCUAGAAGACUCGGUCUACCCAUUUUGACGGAAACCUUGUUCCGUCAAACCUAUCCUGAACUUAACGGAAUACUGACUGUAAAGCACGUCAUUCCAAAAGGUGCAGCUGAUGGUCUCUUGUUUACUGGUGAUAUCGUGCUCCAAGUAAAUGGUAAAUGCUUAGCUCGCUUGGAUGAAUUGGCCGAAGAACUCGACUCCCGAGCACCUAAUCCAGAUCAUCACGUAAACUCCAUGAUCACUUUGACUGUAUUCCGUGAUCAAAAGGUCGUAAAUAUAGAUUUGGAAGUCCAAUGUCUUCACUCCGUCCAACCUAGUCGCUUCUAUGAAAUCGGUGGCUCAACCAUCCAUGCUUUGAGCUUUCAACUAGCCAGAGGCUUCUUGCAUAGAGUUGGUGCUCCAUUUGUAGCUGAUGCUGGCCAUAUGAUGGGUGUAGCUGGUAUUCCAACCAAUUCUAUAAUCGUGUCUGUCAAUCACAUCAAAACUCCCGAUAUUGAAUCAUUCGCUGAAGUAAUGAGAUCCAUUUCUGAUGGGACAAGAGUGCCUGUUCGCUACUAUGUCUUGACCAAGAAGAAUGUAGAGAUUGUUAAAGUCGUUUUGGUAGAGAGUAAAUGGGGUCGUCUGCGAAUGGCAUCUCGAGAUGAUUCAACUGGACUAUGGAACUACACUGCCAUUCCAGCACUCUUGCCCAGCAAAACCACCAUAGCACCAGAAAUCACUGCCUCAUACGUAAAAAUACCUCAGAAACGAAACCGUCAUGCCAAGGUCGCUUCGUCCUUACUACCAUCUAUGAUAUUGGUGGAAUGGCAUUCUCCAGUCGGCUUGGAUGGAACAAACUCAAAAUGGUCUGAUGGUGUUGGUGUUAUUGUCGAUGCAGAGUUAGGACUGGUACUGGUUGACAGGUCGACAAUCCCUACUGGUAUGGGUCGAGUCUUUUGUGUUAUUGGAAAUGGUGUCCAUGUGCCAGCCAAAAUCGUAUAUAUGGACCCCGUCCAGAACUUGGUUAUCGUCAAGUUCGACCCCCGAUCUGUGAAUUUUGCCAUCAAGGCAAUAGAGAUCUCGCCUUUGCCAGCCUUGGCUAUUGGUGAUAGCGUGCUGCAAUUCUCUAUUAGCUCCAUUACUCAUCUUCCAAAGAUAAGCGAGACUCACGUGAAGGGCAAAGGUUACUUUGUCUUCAAUGACACAUCACCACCCAAAUUCCGUCAAAUGAACUUUGACGAAUUCUUGACUGUUCAUCGACCCAUGAAUGACGAAGCAGGUGUUUUGGUCGACGAUGAAGGCCGUGCACGAGCUCUAUGGCUGAAAUCACCAGAAUCAUCCUCAUAUCUUGGCUACUGCUUAUCAAAAAAUUCUAAAUUCUAUCAAGCUAUUGAACUGGUUAUUGAACAACAACGUCAGCUCGCUAUGGGUGACAGCACACAAGUCGUUGCCCAUCCCGUAGUAAACACGAUUGAUGUAGAACUUACUGAAACGUAUUUCCAUAAAGCGAGACCACUGGGUGUCUCUGAAAAGUGGAUUCAAGCCAUCAUCAACAAGAGACAAAGCCAAGCUGAAGUUAUAGAUGACUCUAGCAGUGAACCCGAAUUACGUCUAGAAGCUAUGGAAAUGGAUGAAGAGGAAUCCGAUGAUUUGGUUGUGGGAGAUGACAAGUACACAGUCAUCACAAUUAGGAGAGUACCAGCUACAGACUCUCAUAACGCAUUUAAUGAUCAUACGCUUCAAGAAGGAGACAUGAUCUUAUCAUUGGAUGGCGAAGUCGUUACGAAAAUGACUGAUAUGUGGAAUGUCAAGUCUUCUUCUGCUCCGCAAUCAACAAUGUCGGAGAUGAUUAUUGUACGUGAUGGGCAAGAAAUGGUUGUAUCUGUACCUCGUAUUACUCUGAAUGGUACACCGUCUAUCAAUAUCGUGCACUGGGCUGGAGCUGUGUUCCAGAUACCACACCGUGUGCUCUCUUUCACCAUCAAAACCAUUCCAAAAGGUGUAUACAUAUCACUACUCUACUCUGGCUCGCCCGCGCAAAGAGAUGGCCUUACUGCCUGUAAUUUCGUUACCCACGUUAACAAUAUCCCAACACCAACACUAUCCGACUUCCUCGAAGUAGUCGAAGGAUCAGAAUGGGAAAAGCACGUCUUAAAUGUUGAUCCCGUAGGAGAAGGAUACGCAACACCCGACACUAGUACCCAACAACCUGAAUCAUUGCCUUCACCCACAGGCGGAAUAGGACUCGAACGUCGGGAUAGUGGCCUGUCAUUAUCACCCACUGCUGCACCCGCUGAAGCAAAGUCAUUCAAGUUCCGCCUUGUGUCGCUCGAAGGUCUAGUCAAGAUAGUGACUGUGGAGCAGUGCCAGGCUUCCAAGUUGUUUUGGGAUACGUGGAGGGUGAAUAUUUAA